AUGAGGUGGCUAUUUUCUUGUAUGCUGCUGGCCCUGCUGGGUGCGGUGCAGGCGCUGAGCUCCUCCGGCCAGAGACUGCUGGUUAUUCUCGAGGAGGAGGGCGAACGGGAGAAGUACAGUGUGCUGCUUGAGGAUCUGUCGAGUCGAGGCUUCCAUACGACUGUUCAGUCUCCGAAAUCAGACAAACUCUCGCUCUUCCGACAUGGUGCACGCGCGUACGACCACGUUAUCCUUCUCCCCGCCAAAUCGAAAGGCCUCGGUCCCGCCCUCACUGCGAACCAAUUCCUCGAUUUCAUGAACAACGAAGGAAAUGUCAUUGUUGCGCUUUCCAGCGACCACGCGACACCUUCGUCCGUCCAGUCGCUGCUACUCGAGCUCGAUAUCCACGUUCCGUCGGACAAGGGCGCUUUGGUCGUUGAUCACUUCAACUACGACUCUACCUCCGCGGCGGACAAGCACGAUGUUCUCCUGCUGCCAUUCCCGAAGGCGAUCAGGCCCGAUGUCAAGAACUACUUCGCCGGCGAGGGGCUCAUCGCGGUCCCCCGCGCAGUGGGUCAGACACUUGGGAACGAAUCGCCGCUUAUCUUGCCCGUUCUCCGCGCUCCGAGCACCGCAUACAGCUACAACCCCAAGGACGAGGCUGAUGUCGUCGAGGAUCCAUUUGCGACCGGCGAGCAGCUGAACAUUGUGUCGUCGCUGCAGGCCCACAACUCUGCGCGCCUGACUGUCAUUGGCUCUGCCGAAUUGCUGCAGAAUAAGUGGUUCGCGGAGAAGGCUACGCUCAACGGCCAGGCAGUCAAGACCGCGAACCGCGAUUUCGCGCAGAAGGUCACUGCCUGGACGUUCAAGGAGACUGGUGUCUUGAAGAUCGGCAAGCUGCUGCACUACAACAACGAGAGCGCCAGCAAGAAGCUGAACACCAGCGUUGCUGUCCCAGAGCACAACCCCAAGAUCUACCGCAUCAAGGAGGACGUCGCUUUCCAAAUCGAAGUCUCCGAGUACGAAAACGACCACCUCGUCCCCUUCCUCCCCGCCGAAAACGACGCCCUCCAGCUCGAAUUCAGCAUGCUCUCCCCCUUCCAUCGCCUCAAUCUCACCCCUCUCUCCCAAACUGCCAAUGCGACCAUCUUCGGUGUCUCCUUCCGCACCCCUGACCAACACGGCAUUUUCAACUUCCGCAUCAACUUCCGCCGCCCGUUCCUCACCAACCUCGAUGAGAAGAGGCAGGUUACCGUGCGCCACUUUGCGCACGACGAGUGGCCGAGGAGUUGGCAGAUCAGCGGGGCCUGGGUGUGGAUUGGCGGUAUUUGGGUCACGGUUGUGGCGUGGGUGGGCUUUGUAGCGUUGUGGUUGUAUAGUGCGCCGACAACGAACAGCGCGAAGAAGACGCAGUAGACGGUAUAUGUAAAAGGAUGGAACAUGAUGUUCGGGGAAGGUGUGAAGGUAUGAACGAAAGGAGAGGAUGAGAUGAGCGAGGAUA